ACCUAACGCGUAAAAUAUGCCAUUUGGCACGACGCACCGAAUCUGCAGCCGAAGCCAGCUCCGGAUCCGAGGGGGGAACCGCGCGCGGAUCCAUUUUAGAAAUGACCAAAUGGUAUUGUAUUCACUGAAAGGCAGUGACAGAGCGAUGCUGCGGUUAUAGAUUUGCAAGCUGCGCCUUCAGCCCCCCCCCUCUCGUACAUAUCAAUUCUUGAGGCAUUUUUUUUUCUUUUCUCAAAGCAUCGUGUUCUUGUGUCAGGCAGUAGCCGGAUGAUGCCAUAAGUUGGAAGCGACAGCUUCGUUACAUAAAUGAUGUGACAGGAUUUGGCAGCGUCUGACCUGGAGAUGGCACAUCAUUCUGUGUGCAGAGCCUGUUUGUAGUCUAUAGGCCUGAACGUUGAUGGGGAUUCUGUUGAAUAUACGCUGGAGAACCAUAUUCACAAGCAAACCACAGUCCAACGGAUGGAAUCAAAAGCCCAUGGGAUCAGAGCGGAUGGAGAUGCGAAAGAGGCAGAUGUCGGUGCAGCAGGAGUCGGCAGCGGGGGGAACUGCACCGGCCCAGCAGAGCCAGCCGGGCCAGGCCAACCAAAGGGCCUCAAAUGCAUGUUGCUUCUGCUGGUGUUGCUGCUGUAGCUGCUCUUGGAAUGAAGACCGGGAUGAUAGGAACCAGAAGGCAUCUUAUGACGUCAAGGAGGGGACCUCUGACUGUGAAGACUGCCCUGUGCCCACGUUGGAAGAGGUGCGCUCGUGGGCGCAGUCGUUUGACAAGCUGAUGUGUUGCCCGGCGGGGAGGAACUCCUUCAGACAGUUCCUUCGCACCGAGUUCAGCGAGGAGAACAUGCUCUUCUGGUUGGCCUGCGAUGAGUUCUGCAAAGAGACCAAUAAGAGCGCGGUACAGGAGAAGGCCCGGGUCAUCUACGAGGACUACAUCUCCAUUCUCUCGCCAAAAGAGGUGAGCCUCGACUCCCGUGUGCGCGAGGCGAUCAAUAGGAACAUGCAGGAACCCAACUUGCACACGUUCGACGACGCCCAGCUGCAGAUCUACACACUAAUGCAAAGAGACUCGUAUCCCCGCUACAUGAACUCCCCGGCCUACAAAAACCUGCUCAACACUCUGUCAGAGCAGUCCCCCGAAUCUUAGGGUGGCGAUGACCUGUGAUCUUUUAACUGUCUUCAUUCCCCCCCCCCUCCACUCAAUCCUUACAACCCUUUUUAAAACAUUUACUUUGUAUGUUCAGUGUAGGAUUACAUGAACCUCCCAGGGAUCUCAGCUCUGUUGGGAUCUGCACCUGACCGAAGACACUCAGGUCUCAAAAUCUCCCGAGGGCUUGAAAUCACAAGUACUGCUACGGAUGAACAUAGCGAUACACUCCAAAGGAAUAUGAAUACAUUUUGUUGCUGAUUUCUUUUUGGUUUCUUUUGAUAGAAAUAAUCUAUUUUAUUUGUGUUCAGAGUUUUUUAUGGUAUAUUGUUUUUUGUAUGAUUAUUUGGGGGGAGGGAAAUGGUUCCUACUGUAGACUAUAUAUAUUUAUGAGUUUGUAAAUAGUAAAAAAAAAAUGGAAUUGUGGGUAUUUUAUGUGGAAACGCCUGGUUCUAUUAACUGCGUAUGAAAAUCAAAGCUCAAGUCAAAGGCUACACGUUGGCUGUACUUGCAGGCAGCUUUGUGGGGUACUGUAUAAAUUGAUUUUGUUGUCACCCUGUUUUGUUACCUGACCUCACACUUUGGUACCCGUGACAACGACUUGGCAACUCCAGUUCAUGUAGAACCUGUGCGUGAUUGAAACCAACUGUAAAUUUGGUUCAAGUAACGCUGACAAUAGCUCUUGUCACAGUGUGAAAUCCGUUUACUUAUGAAAUAGUGGGGAUUGGAAGGGUGUUUCGAGGAUUUGCCUAUCUAAGAAAUUGUUAUUCAAGUGCUGCUCACUGCACACCUCAUAGGUUCAACAUAGUUUUACCAGUCCGACGUAAGAACCAUAAUAAUUCUAUUUACCAGAUCAAGUAUUUUUUUUAAAUUUAUUUAUUAUAUAUAUAUUGCCAAUACAGACAAAACAACCAAGUAUGAUGGGGGAAGUAAAAUAUACUGUUAAGCCACUGUUAGAAAAUGUAGAAGUUUGGGUAUAACUACAUUUUACAGACCUUUAAUUUCCUAUUUACCUUGAAGGAAGUUUCCUGGAAAGAAUUAUGUAAUUUGGUUUUGAAUAUGGCUGUGAGCGAUUGCCAAGCAACCAGCCAUAACUUUCUCCACCCAUUGUCUGGGAAGUAGUUUUUUUAAAUAGUCCAGCAUAUAAUCAGAGCCAGACGAGCCAUUUCCCUAUUUCCAGUCUUUGUGCUAAACAAAACUAAUUGGUUGCUGGUAGUAGCUUGAACUGUAACCUCACAUUUCACGAACAGAGUGGCACCAAUGCUCUCAUCAAAAUCUCUCCCAGAGUGUGAAAAACAAUAUUUCAUUUUUGUAUUAUUGUUUUAAUUCUCCAUGUAGGCCUGAAUAUUUUUUGCCUGCAGACAAAUUUAUAUUGAACUGACUUAAGAGCUGUAUGUUACGGCAGCAAUCAGCUGAAAUGAAGUUCUUUGAAGACUACCAAUUGAGUCUCUAGAUUAUGUUAUUGAAUUAAAUUGCUCUUUCAAGAGAACCUGUAGGAAAUGAAUGAGAUAUUAGUACGAAUUGACCGAUCUGUAAAAUGAAGCAUUACUGAAAUUUGUAUGAUUGACAUUUUUUGUGACACUGGGAUGAGGCCAGGUUAGCAGCAACACCAAAGCUACCAUGUAAACUGUGUUCAUGUGUAUACCCCGAGCAUUUCUUGUGAGUCAAUUUUGGAGUUGCCAAGUGUUCAAUACUUUUGUGUAUUCUGGUAGUUUUGGUUGGAUUACUUUGUUGCCUCACAAACAUGUCACUCAAAGACAAGAUCCUCAAAUUGGGGAAGUGCCUUGACAUUCAACUUUUUGACAUCUUUCUCAUGGGGCAAUGGUUGUUUCCAGACUCCUGCCAUAAGGGUGAUACCUGGAGCUAGUUUACUGGAGAUUGUCCCUCUUAUUGGCCAAAUUCUUGCAUGUGUUUCGUCUUGAUUCCUUAGUCUCGACCACAACAGUCCAUUUUGUUCGCGCGGAGUAUGAUGAAAACACAUGUUUUUAUUUGCAGAGGACAAAAAAGACCAGUGGAUAGGGCUGGUUGUUCUGAACGAUUUUUAAUUUUUUUGCCAACCUGUGUGCUUCACAGUGGCACUUCUGCUUGUCUUAGAGUUAACUUUAACCUACUAUGUGCAAUUUGAGCUGAUGGAUACACUGCGCAGAUUAACCUCAAAAACACAAUCUAAGCCAAUGGUUUGGAGUGAUGCCUAUAAAUGUUGUUUCUUCUUCUGUUUACUAUAUGAAAUGUGUUAUUUUGCGCUGAGUUUACUUAAGAAUACAUUUAUAAAAAAAAAAUCAAAUAAUGUGAAUGUUUACAGUAUAUUGUUUAGUUUUUUUUCUGCUACUCUCCAAGAAAAUAAUGACUUGUGGGCAUUUUGAUUAAGAUAAAAUAAAGCACAAUAAUUUUAUUGACUUUUAUUGAAUGAUUUGAUCACAAAAUCACACUGCAGCCAUUGAAGCUUUUUUGCAACCCUCUCAGCGUUGUCUUGGGAACCUACACACUGCACGGUGUUUCCAUCAAACAGGUUGAUCCGUUCAAUCCAGAAAAAGAAAUGUGCUAUUUCAAUGAGACGAGUAAAUGAACUUUGUGUCCUUUGAAUGAGGUACAACGUACUUAUCAAUACCCUUAUUAGAUAAAUCAUAAAAAAUGUGCACUUUUGGCACAUAUCUUAUGUGCUCUCCACUUCAGGUUGACUUAGUAGGUAUUAGGUUACGUUUUGGCCAUGCAGCCUUCCUAAGAUUCAAUGAUUAAACUAACUUACCCUUG